AUGCGAAGGCGCGAACUGGAAAUGAAGCAACUUGAAGUACAAGCAGUUAAUACAGACGGGGGCGUUAGUGAACAGCACUCGGGAAUCGCCACUGCGAAGAUGCCGAAGUUACCACAGUUUGUCGACGGUCAGGAUGAUUUGGAUAGCUACCUACAAAGGUUUGAACGCUUCGCGAAAAGCAAUACAUGGAACGAGUCGGUUUGGGCGACGUCGCUGAGUACUUUGUUGACAGGUAAGGCCCUAGACGUUUACUCUAGAAUGUCAGAAACAGCCGCAGUAGAUUAUAAAGAGUUGAAGGAAGCCCUGUUGAAGAGAUGCGACCUGACAGAGAACGGGUUUCGAGUACGAUUUAGGAACAACCUAAGCAGUGGCACCGACACAUCAUUGCCCUUCUGUUUGCAUAUCGGGAGGUACCUCAGGCUUCAAUGGGAUUUUCGCCAUUCGUGCUGCUCUACGGACGGACAGUCAGGGGGCCCAUGACUAUUUUGAAGGAGCUAUGGACGGAAGAGUUCGAUGAGGCGGAAGUGAAGACCAGUUACCAGUACGUGAUUGAUUUACGGGAGAAACUGGAGCAGACCCUCAAGCUUGCACGUGAGGAAUUGAAACGAUGA